UCUCUAUCAGGGUUUAAAACGCUAGGGUUUUAACUCUCUAUAUAAGACUGAAAUCUCAAACGUUAGGGUUUUCUCUACCUUCUUCAAUGGCGAAGGCGUUAUCAGAAAACGUAUCUCCGCCGUUCAUCAAGACCGAAACGAUCGGCCGGGCCGUUGACGCCCUCAUCAAAUGGAUAAAAUCCCAGCCGAAGCAUGGAAAGGCCCAGCUCCUCGAGCACGAGGAGUUCUUCUACCUAACCCUAACCCUCAAGAAGAUCCCCUCGAAUCCCCGCACGAACCCUUACAAAAUCCUACUUCCAAACCCUGUCCUUCCCUCACCCCUUGAAAUCUGCCUCAUCAUCGACGAUCGAUCGAGGUCCGGACUCACCUCCGAAUCCGCCAAGAAGAAGAUCGAUUCUGAAUCCAUCCCAAUCUCCAAAGUCCUCAAGAUCACCAAGCUCAAAUCCGAUUACCGCCCGUUCGAGGCCAAGCGCCAGCUCUGCGGCUCGUACGAUCUCUUCUUUACUGACAAGCGUGUUGUUCCAGUCCUCCCUCGCCUCCUUGGAAAGCAGUUCUUCAAGAAGAAGAAGAUCCCGAUCCCAAUCGACCUGCGGCAUAAGAAUUGGAAGGAGCAGAUCGAGCAGGCCUGUGGGUCUGCGCUGCUGUACCUGCGGACGGGGACUUGUUGCACUCUGAAGGUGGGGAAGUUGUCGAUGGGGCGGGAUGAGGUUGUGGAGAAUGUGGUUGCCGCGAUUGCUGGGGCAGUGGAGGUUGUGCCGAAGAAGUGGGCGAACGUGCGGUCCUUCCAUUUGAGGUCUCUGGAUUCGUUGGCGCUGCCAAUUUAUCAGGUGGUGCCGGAGAUGGGGUUGAAGAUCGAAGCUUUCAAGGAGGAGGUGAUUGUUCCAAAGUUAAAGAAUGGCCCGGAAGUUGCUGAAGAGAAGGAAGAGUCAGAGAAGAGGAAGGAGAAGGAGUCAGAGAAGAAGAAGAAGAAGAAGGUGUCUAAGAAGGGGAGAAUUCAUGAAGUUCGUUAUAUGGAUGGUGAUAUCAAUGCAUUGAUGGCAAAGACAGUUGAUGAUGAUGGUAUAAAUGAUGGUGAUGCAAAAGGAGGGAAUGCUGAAUUGUCGGGUAAUAAGAAUAAGAACAAAAGGAAGAAGACAGCGGUGACGGAAGAGUUAAGUACUGGGCAUAUGGAUGGUGAUAUUGAUGACUUGGUGAUGAAUGCAGAUGACGGUAUAGAUGGUGUCGAGGUGAAUGGAGGUGCUGCUGAAAUGAUGGGUAAGAAGAAAAGUAAUAAAAAGAAGAAGGCAGCAGCAAUGGAUGAGUUGGAUGGUGGGACACUGAAGAAGUCGGUGAAGGUAAAGAAGGGGCGGAAUGUAGAUGGUGGCCAUCUUCAUGAUUUGAUGGUGAAUGCUGAUGACGGUAUGGAUGGUGGUGAGGUGACUGGAGGUGAUGCUGAAAUAAUGAGUAAGAAGAAAAGUAAUAAAAAGAAGGCAUCAGCAAUGGAGGAGUUGGAAGUUGGGACGCUGAAGGUGUUGGCAAAGGUAAAGAAGGUACGGAAUGUGGAAGUGAAUGCUGGUUUGUCUAGUAGUGAUGGAGUGAAGAAGAGAAGCAAGGAUGAGAAGCCGGAGGAGAAAAAGAGGGAAGGGAAGAAGAAAGCUACUAAGAUAAGACAGUGAAAAAGAGUGAUUGGUUUUGAUGGGGUUGUUUACUUGUUGCUUUUUAGUUACGCAUGUGGAAGGCAUCACACUGUGGAGUUCUUUCUCUGCUUCAAGGACUUCAUUGAAAUUGAGUAUGUCUUUCUAUUUUGAAGUCUUUCAAUGCAGAUUUUGUUUUUUGUAUUUGUUUUUCUAGUUAAUUAUGGCCCUUUCCUUUUUCUUUUCUUUUCUUUUUUCUUUUGAAAUGUCUGGAAUGAUAAAUGUUAGUGAAGUGAGAAUUCGUGUAUCAAUUAAGAGGGUAGCUUUGAUCCUGA